GACGAAUCUUUGGACCGGCGUUUGUAGAGCGUUCGCGUGGCGCGUUUUUUAGUUAAAAAAAUCGGGUUUACUAUCCUGGACUGCAAGUCGGUCAACUAGUUAUUGCGGUCGUCGGCGGGCCCAAAAAAAGCAUCUCUUGAACCGCUGCACUGCGCCAAGGUAUUGGGCAUAAAAUAUUAGCACCAGUGACCCCUGGGGCGGCAGUGGGGCCUGGGCCAUUAAGCAUCACUUAGAGAGCGAUGAUGGCCGACCAAGAGGAUGAACCCGCGGCGACGGACUUGGAGUUGCCGACCGACUCCUCGUCAGAAGCCGAGAGCGACUCCUCGUCAGAAGCCGCCCCACCGAGCCAGGCUCGGUGCACCGAGAGCAGUGAUUCUGAUGAUAACGACGAGAUGCCGUCCCUCGAAGAUGACCGCGGUACGAUAGCGCCCGCCGCAAGAGCAGACAUGGCACCGGAGGAGCCGGAAACGGUCCUCGAGGAUAAUGAGACGGCGCGCGCGCCCGCGCCCGUGAAUGACGAGGACGCGAACCCUACAAAGGAGGCCAAGUGUGUCGAAGCUAUCUCUGCGGCCGCGGCCAAUUUGGUCUGUCCCAUAGCACAAGCCCUCCCGACCGACCCUGUGACGGCCGAAGACGGACACAUAUACGAGCGCGGAGCAAUCGAGAGUUGGUUCCGGGCGAAAGAUGGAGACCCGACCAGCCCGAUAACUGGCGCCCGCAUGGGCACGCGGUUGCUGGAAGCGCACCAGGUUCGCAAUACGAUCGAGGCGCUCGUCAAGUCCGGCGCAGUCGACAGCGAGCUGGCCACGGCGUGGCGGCAGAAGCUCAAGGACGAGACGUGGGUGAAGGAGACGCGCGCGAAGGCGGAAGUUGGCGACGGCGGCGCUAUGUGUCUGCUCGGUGCGUGGUACGGAUCUGGCAUGAAGGGCCUCGCGAAAGACUUAGUCCAAUCUCGCGCGUGGUACGAGCGCAGCGCGGCGACCAGAACACCACAAGGGAUGGCAAUGUUUGGUUUCUAUCUCCUGUGUGGCAUCGGUGGGCCCGAGGACAUUGCAUUCGGGCUCGUGAACCUGACCGAGGCGGCGGGUCUGGGUUCGGAUUUUGCUGCGUAUACGCUUGGCGAAGCGUUCUUCAACGGCGAUUGCGGCCUGCCGAAGGACCCUGCUCGGGCGCGGUUCUGGCUGAAGAAAAUCGUCGACGGCGAGUGCAAGCACAAGCACCUGAACGAAGCCGGUAGAGCCGACGCGGCGGCAUGGCUUCGCGAGCUGGACGGGUAG